AUGGGUGACAUUAUGGAACACUUUGUUUCCGAUAAUAUAAAGCUUAUGGUCAUUGAUAAUGACCAAGCAUUUCUUAAGGAGGCGAGAAUGAUGUUCUCCUCAUGCAAUUAUCGAGCUCUUAAAAAUUCAGUGAUAUCGGCCGAUGUACGAUUGGAAGUAAUGAAGAGAAGUAUCGAACUCGGAGCAUGCUUCUUUGCGAAGAAACCGCUCGAUAUUAACACCGUCGAAAACUUAUGGCAACAUGUGUUGAACUUCAAGAAGCAUUCUAAAAGAGAAAGUGUCGAGAGCGCUGGGGAUAGAGAAUUUCAUCGUACCGAUCGAGCGACGUUGAAUGAGGAAGAAGAGAAUAGGGUUGAUGCUAAAGAGAAAGAGGGCGACACUCCGAAGCAAGAAGCGAAUAAGGGAUGCGCGGAGUGCAGUAAGGACACCACAGAGGGAGAAGAGAAGAUGGAGAGUGAGGACGAUAAUUUGAGCAAACUAAGGAAGAAGCCGAUCAGUUGGUGUUCCUUUCUCCAGCAAAAGUUUCUUGAUGCACUUGAAAUCCUAGGCGACGAUGCUGUUCCAAGCAAGAUCAUGAGAUUGAUGAAUGUUGAGGGCAUAAGUCGACAACAAAUUGCAAGCCAUUUACAGAAACAUCGAAAAAAGAAGGGAUCAAACAAUACAUUCACUCCAAUAUAUUGUGCACAAAACAUUCAAGGAAGCAACUUCAUCAAUCAAAUCCCUAAUCAAUUUGGACAACAUGGAAUGCACCAAACUUACUUAUCCAACUACAACCAACAAUAUCUGCAAGGAGUAGUAACCCAAAUUACCCCCGUUUAUGCUCAAAUUCCCUUAAGUUUCAACAUUUAUCCUUAUGCAAAUGUGUGUUAUGAGAGAUCUUAUUUAGAGAAUGUACAACUAAAUGGAUAUGCAACAUCAAACCCAACACAAGCACUUCAACAAUUUGCGAUGAGCCAACCACCAAUUCUUGUUUCAACAAUUGGAGAACUAAGUACUCAAUCCCUAGCUUAUGGAUCUACUAAUGAUACAUUUCAUUAUGGUGGCCAAACUUUUCAAGAUCACGCGCCAAAUUAUGAUUCAGUUGCAAAUAAAGGAGAGUUCGGCGCUCAUGAAUCCUCAACAUGUGAAGUUGAACAACAAUAUUAUUACGACAAUAUUAGUAAUAAUAAUAACAAUAUGGUGGAGAAUUUUCAGAAGGUAGUGGACGAUGACGACUUCGGUGAUGUAGAGAAGUUUGCUUAUGGAGAUGAUCCGUGGCUUUCGAUUCUUCAGGAUGUUACGGAGGGCGGCUUGGACCUGGACAUUAGUGAUGUUUAG